AUGCUGCAAUUGCAAUGCGGUCAGUCAGUUCUCUAUAUACCGUGAAUGUGGUUCAGCUUGGCACGUGUACGGUGUAUUAAAGGUGCUUUUGUAUGGCUUAUAAAUCCAAGGAUUCUGAUGUCAUUGUCAAUGUGAACAUUUUGAUCUUCGGGUAACUUUUGCAAGGAUUGCAACAUCAUUCACCUUGACCUUUCUGCAGACGAGUCGUAUUCGUUCAGCGGCCGUCGGACAGCAGCGGCCCCUGAUUGGCCGAUCCCGGCGGCGGCGGGCCCUGAUUGGCCGAUCUCGGCGGCGGCGGCCCCUGAUUGGCCCUCGUCUCCACCAUGUCGAACGCCUCUAACACGCCGCUGCAUUUCGGCGACUCGCUGCGUCUGACGCGGGCCUCCAAGCAGUACAUGUAUGACGACUCCAACACCGAGUAUCUGGACUGCAUCAGCAGCACCGCACACGUCGGCCACUGCCACCCGCUGGUGGUGACGCGCGGCCAGCAGCAGAUGGCGCGCCUGGUCUGGGCGCAGGGCUUCCUGUUCGACGCGCUGUCGCUGUACCUGAAGGAGCUCACCGACAUGAUGCCCGAACAGCUCAGCGUCUGCUACCUGGUCAACUCCGGCUCGGAGGCCAAUGACCUGGCGCUGCGGCUGGCGCGCUCCUACACCCGACAGGAGGACGUCAUCGUCUUCGAGGGAGCGUACCACGGCAACCUGGGCAGUGUGGCCGACAUCAGUCCGAAACUGUUUCCGGCCGCGCCGCCCGAGAACAACGGCAGGCGGCGGCACGUGCACGUGGCGCCUCUGCCGGACACCUACCGGGGGCGGUACCGCGAGACGGACCCGGACCCAGGGGCGCGCUACGCGCAGCACGUGGAGCGGCUGCUGGAGCGGAUGGAGUCAGAGGGCCGCCGCGUGGCCGCCUUUAUGUCCGAGUGUCUGGUGACCCAGUGCGGCAUGGUGGCGCCGCCCGAGGACUAUUUCCGACGGGUCUACAGCCUGGUGCGGGCGCGCGGCGGCGUGUGCGUUAUGGACGAGGUGGCCACCGGGCUGGGACGGAUCGGCACCCACACGUGGGCCUUCGAGUCGUACGGCGUGGUGCCGGACAUUGUCACCCUGGGCGGCACGCUGGGGAACGGCCACCCGAUGUCGGCCGUGGUGACGCGACGAGACAUCGCCGAGACUCUCUCCGAGUACCUCUCCACGUUUGGCGGUAACCCGGUGUCGUGCGCCGUCGGCCUGGCCGUGCUCGAGGUGAUGCGCACCGAGAAGCUGAUGACGUCGGCCACCAACGUGGGCCGCUUCCUCAAGGACAGCCUCACCCAGCUGGCCGGCUCCCACGGCUGCAUAGGCGAUGUGCGGGGCUCGGGCCUGUGUCUCGGCGUGGAGAUCGUCUCCAGCCGCCAGAGCAGGAAGCCCGACCCGACGCUGGCCAGACAAAUCUGCUUCGGUCUGCGCGAGGAGCGGAUCCUGGCCACCACGUGCGGCCCGGCCGGCAACGUGCUCCAGCUGACGCCGCCCAUGUGUUUCACCAUGACGAACGCGCGCACGCUGCUCUCGGCAGUGGACGCGGUGCUGGGCCGGCUGCUGCGGCGGCGCGCCGAGGGCGGCGGCGACUCGGCCUGCGCCGGCGAGUCCAGCUCGUCGCUGUGGCGCUCCGAGGAGCUGCUGGAGAGCUCUGCGCGGCUGGCGGCCGCCUCCGGGCCCGCCGGUCCGGCCGGCGCGGCGCGCGGCGCCACGCGGCCCAGGGCCGACGGCGACUCGGACACGGAUCCGGAGCGGCUGCAGCGCCAGGAGGCCAAGCGCCGCCGCGUCUACGAGGAGGUGGACUGACCGGCCGGGCCGGGUCGGACUGAGACGGACUGAACGGGACUGAGUCGGACUGGGCUGGCCGCCGCAGUCGGCUCUGUUUCGCUGCAGCCGGGAACCAGGUGGCUCUGAGCUCGCCUGCGAACAUGGAGCCGGCGCGGCCCGUGCCAUGUGGCUCAAAGUCACACAAAUCUCUGCGGCUGCUGCGCCCGGCGCGUGUCGGCGCCGACAGUCACUGGCAGCGCCGCGCUGCACCGGUACCUGAACACAGCAGCGCCGUGCUGCCCCGGUACCUGAGCCCAGCGGCGCCGUGCUGCCCCGGUACCUGAGCCCAGCGGCGCCGUGCUGCCCCGGUACCUGAGCCCGGCGGCGCUGGGUGCGCCCUGGUACCUGAACCCAGCCGGGUCCGCCCCGGUACCUGAAGCCGGGUCCGCCCCGUUACCUGAGCCCAGCGGCGCCCAGCCGGCCGCCGGGCCCGCUGGCGGCGUCACCCGGCCCUGUUUUAGCAGCGGCGCGGUGUGCCGCGUCGGUGGGCGGUGCCCGCUGGGCUGUGGGGACAGUGCCCGCUGGCCUGUGGGGACACUGGACAGUGCCCGCUGGGCUGUGUGUGUGGACAGUGUCCGCUGGGCUGUGGGGGGGGGGGGUUGAGCCCGCUGGGCUGUGGGGACACUGGACAGUGUCCGCUGGGCUGUGUGGACAGUGUCCACUGGGCUGUGUGUGUGUGUGGACAGUGUAGGGACAGUGCCCGCUGGGCUGUGUGUGGACAGUAUCCGCUGGGCUGUAUGUGGGCGGUGUCCGCUGUCCGUCUGUCUGUGCAUGGCCCGCGCGGCGCUCGGCGCUGUCCGGACCGCCGGUACCGGGCGCGGGUGUGUGGCUGUGAUCCGUGGGCCGCGGCCGCGGCGGCCCUAAUAGCUGCAGAGCAGAGGGAUGGGUCGGACCAGGUUGUUGUUGUUGUUGUUGUUGUUCCUCCCGGUCACCGCCGAGGCGGUGACGGAGCCACGCGGCUCUUGUGGGCCGCGUAGCCGGCGGCCAAGGCCGCCACCACGUCGUCGCGCUGUACGUCUCGGGCCGUGCCUGUGAUGUUACCCAGCGCUUGGAGGCGGGGGCCGAACAGGCACGGGCACUCCAGUAGUACGUGCGCCGGGGUGUCCGCGGCCUCGCCACAGACGAGACAACGGCCCGCCGGGCAUGUGAUGUCGUUGCACUGAGCGCACUCGGGUGUCGGUCUGCGCCCAAUGCGGUGGAGAUAUUGUUCCGACCGUCCCCAGUGUCCCGAUCGGAGUUGAUGUAUGUCGAUGGCCUCCUCCCUGGUAGCGGCUCGGACCGGGUCGGGGGCGCGGUCCGCCAUGACGUCUCGGUACCAGCCCGCAGGCCGGCUCGCUCGCCACUCCCUGCCGGCGACCCGCGCAGCAGCCCCCGUGAGGGUGCGGGCGUCGACCGGCGUCGUCCGCUGGGACAUCCCGGCCGCCUCCUUCGCUAAUGCGUCCGCCCUCUCAUUACCCGGGAGCCCGCAGUGAGCCGGUACCCAUUGGAGGUGAAUUGAGCUGUUGCUUGCUUGUAGGCGCAGCAGUUGGGUCCACACACUGGCACCCAAUGUUGUGGUCUGGGCCGAGGCGCCUGCAGCCAGCGUUAGCAGGGCCGCCCUGGAGUCCAGGCAGGCGACCACCGGCAGGCCCGCGCUUCUCGGCAGUUCAGCGACUGCCUCCAGCGCUGCCAGCAGCGCGGCGAGCUCCGCGCGCGUGCUGGAGCACAGGCGGCCAGCAGGGACCCUCAGCUCCCAGUCAUCUUCGGUUGGGGUGCGGAUCAGGGCGCCGCCCCCGCCAUUGGCGACGCCGUCCUCCGCCGAUCCGUCCGACCAUAUCCAGACGGCUUCCUCAGGUAGCUCCCGGAUACGCUCUUCAGCUGCGGCACGCCGAACGUCUUCCGGGGCCGCACGUCUGGCCCGCGGGCCGAGGUCCAGAUGGAAGUGGACGGUAGAGUUGUCGGCCCACGGCGGCAGGGUGUGGUGGAGGCGGGCCUCGACGGGUAUGUCUUGCGCGUCGGCCGCCGCGAGCGCGGCGGCGCCCACCUCGCGCCAUCCUGUGGUCUUGAGUCGUCGAGGGACGACCGCCUCCCCGACCGACCUCAGCGGGUCUCCCUCGGGGAGGGACGCCGCGAGUCCCACCAUUCUCGCUGCCAGUGCCUGUCUCCUGGACCAGGCAUCUGUCAUGCCGGCCUCGGACAUCAGGGCGUGCACCGGAGUAGAUGCCGUGCAACCGGUCACUGCCCGCGCGGCCGCGCGCAGCUCCCGAUCGAUCAGCUCGACGUGCGAGGGCGAUGCCGCCGGCAGCCACGCAGCCGCGGCGUACUCCAGCGCACCGCGGACGUAGCCGUUGGCGACGGUUCGUAGUUGUUGUUCGCCGAGGCCCCACGAUCGGCCGGUCAGCUUCUUCAGCUGGGCGGUCCUUGGUCUGACCCUGCGGCGGAGGUCGGUGCAGUGUGGUCCAAAAUGGAGGAGACGGUCGAAGGUCACGCCGAGGAGGCGGAGCUGGGAGCCCGCCUUCACUGACACUCCAGCGACCUUCACGGUCAGCUCACCGGCGUCCCUGGCCCAUUGUGAGAGAACAAUGGCCUGGGUCUUUUCACCCGCCACCCUCAUCUUCCAGCGGUCCGCCCAGGCGGCGAUAAUGUCCGCCGACUUCUGUGCCCUUUCCUUUGCCAGGGCAAUAGAGCUCCCACCGCUGAGGGUUGCGGUGUCGUCCGCGUACAUGUACGUCGUGGUGUGUGGCACUCGUCGCAGCUCCAAGAUGAGGUCGGCAGCCCACAGGGUGUACAGCGUCGGGGCCAGGACGCUGCCCUGCGGGAGACCGGCCCUGAAGACUCGUUCAGCACUCCGGGCGCCGUUCACCUCCACAGACGCCCGGCGGUCGCGCAGGAAUGCCCAGAUCCAGCGAACCAGACAGGCAGGUAGGCCCAGCCGCAGGAGCUUCAGCUUGAGCAUACGAUGGUCGAUGACGUCAUAGGCGCGGCUGAAAUCGUAGGCCAUGAGGACGAAUUUCUCGGCCGUGACGCCAUCGAUCGGCCUUCCACGCGGCUUGGCCUUAUUCCAGCCAUCCUGCACUGUCUGUAUCAGCCUUCCCAAAUUCUCUUCUGCGGAGCGACCCCUCCUGAAGCCGACCUGUUCCGCAGGGACCAUAUCGUCUCUCUCUGCCAGGUGAGUCAGGCGAGCGGCUACCAUCCUCUCGGCCAGCUUCGCCAGGUGAGACGUUAGCGCGAUCGGUCGGUAGCUCGAAGUCAGCUUGGGGUCUUUCCCGGCUUUGGGGAUCGGCACGAUGACGGCUCUUCGCCAGUCUGCCGGGACCUCCCCCCUCAGCCAGGACUGAUUGAUGAGGCGCAGGAGCAGGGCCUUGGCGGUGGGGCCGAGGUGCUUCAGGUGCUCCGCGCAGAUGUUGUCUGGUCCUGGGGCCUUCUUGUUGCGCAGCUUCCGCAGCUGGAUAUCCAUCUCUGUUGUGGAGAACGGUCCGCAGCAGCUGGCGUCCUCUCUUUCCCCCGCGCAGGCAGUGCACGGGGGGCGGCUGCGUUGAAUCAGUUCAUGUUUUACCUUGCGGUCUAACUUCCUCGACCGGACUUGCCGGCUGACCCGUGAGUAGGUUCGCGCGAAGGAGGUCGCCUUCUCAAGGUCCUCCACGGCAAGGCCAUGGUCCCCUUGGAGAGCGUGGCCGGGGCAAGCCUGCACCGACCCCUCCAUCUUGCGCAGCACCUUGGUCACCAGGCCGAUGCUGGUCGGCUUGUUCAGCGUUGUUGUGGCAAAGUCGCGGAAGCUGCGCGUCUUGGCUUUGUCUUCAGUGAUGGCGGCAUGGCGCUUAGCCGUCAGCCACCGUUCCCUCGCCUCCCGGGAACGAUCCGUUCGCAUGGCGUCUCUCGCCUCCCGGCGCUCCGCCACGGCCCGCACAAGUUCCGGGUCCAGGGCCCACGGUUUUGGGUCGGCUCGCGCGCCCCGCGGGAUCAUCUCCACACUGUGAGCUAACAGCGUCUGGCUAAACACUGCCAGGAGUUGCUCGGUGGUGGCGCCCGGCGGGGGUGAGCUCGUCUCGAGUGUCCGCUCGAUGCCGUCGCGGAAUCCGACCCAGUCCGCCUUGUGGAAGGCCCACUUCGUUUUCCGGAUGCGCCGCGGCCGGCCGCCGUGGCACACGACCUCGACGAGUUGCGGUAGGUGGUCACUGCCGAGGUCAUCCCCGAUAGACCACGCACACCUCCUCGCAAGGCCGCGCGUGCAGACGGUGACGUCUGGGGCUCCGGUGUUCCCCCUGUAGUCGGCGUGGGUCGGAGCGCCAGAGUUGAGGACAGACCAGUCCCCGGCCUCGCACCAGGCGGCCAGGCGGCGGCCGACGUCAUCCGCGUCGUCACACUGGUGGUCCCACCUCGGGUGAUGCGCGUUGAAAUCCCCGGUGAUAAUGCAGUCUGAAGUGGGUCUGAGAGUGAGGGCGAACCUGUCCUCCCUCUCUUCGCUCUCGCCCGUACGGAUGGGCGGCCUGUAUAUGUUAUGGAUGUCGAUGGUGGUCGGUUGACUAGAAUGUUGACUAGGUGGGAGGAGCAGUCGGGCACCACACCACUCUGUGCUGUCGUCGGAGGCGUCGAGUGGGCGGUCCUCAAGUCUGGUGAAGCUGAGUCCGUCCCGGAUGUAUAUUACAACGUCCCCUCCUUUCACAGGGCCGUCUGUUCUACGCCCUCGCACUCGACGGGCGACCGAGGCGAUCUGGAAACCAGGGAGGGCGAUGUUUUUCUUCGCCGGCAGCUGGGCCUCCUGGAUCACCGCCACGUCUACCUUGUUGUCCGACAGCCAACGUUGAACCUCCAGCGUUUUCUUCCGGAGACCCUCCGCGUUCCAGCUCAGUAUGAGCAGGCGGCUUCGGACACGGCAGUUUCUUCUGUAGCGGCGAUUCUUCUUAGCCCUCCUACUGCGGCGACCUCCCCCGCUCCGGCCGCCCGUGACCCCGCCGCCCGUGUCGGCGGCGGGGGGCGCCAGGCUAUUCAUUCAGCGCGGGCCGGGGCCGCUGCGGGGGACCGGCCAUCGGCCCCCCUGGCGCGGCACCCGGUCCCGCUGGUGGGCAUCCGCUGCCCCGGGCGAUUGGAGAUGGUGAAGGUCGGACCAGGUCGGGGACGUAGUCGCCGCGGUGCACUACCAGGACACGAUUGUUUUACUUGUGCCAAGGACAGUUUCUACUUUUUACGUUUGUGUCGGCUGAAGGAAGUUUCAGCCCAGCGAAGUUUCAUUGAGUGGCCACAGGCGCAAUGUUUUGUUUUCAUAGGUAUAUGGAAAGGCGUGCAUGUAUGAGUGCCAGACGGCUAUACCGUACUGGAACCGGUGAUACAACUCGCACCAUUCUCCCUUAACUCGUCAAGGGUUUCGGUGUUUUGUUAUGUCAACAGGGUUACAGAUGUCAGCCGCCUGUCAACAGUCUCUCAGCUUCCGUCACCUGUCAGCUGUGUCAGCUGUCUGUCAGCCGUCUCUCAGCUGUCUGUCAGCUGUCUGUCAGCUGUUUGUCAGCUAUCUGUCAGCUAUCUGUCAGUUGGCGGUCUGUCAGUGGCCUGAGUCAGCGGACAGUCACCCAGCAGCAGAUUUGCUUCAUUUCGCUCCACCAGCUGCUCCACAGAUUUCCUCUACCGAUUGUGUUGUCGACUAUUAGCUCGUUUCAUGGUCGGCCAUUCAAUACAGUGCUGUGCUUCAAA